CUUUGGCUACAGCAGCGAAUAUGAGUGAAGACGAAUGUAACGUUACGGAAAAAAACGCAUCAAUUGAUUGUUUGCCGAGUGAAAUUAUAUCUAUAAUACUAAAACACAAUGAUUGCCGCGAUUCAGUGAAUUUCAGCGCUACUUGUAAAUAUUUCUAUGAGAUGGUGCAAAGUGAUCAAUGCCUUUGGAAGGAACGCUUCAAAGAAAUAGUCCCACCUGAUUUAUUUAAAUCAAUGAUCAAGAAUGGCGAUGGUGACUGGUUCACUGAGACUAAGAGAUUAACUACCAUCAAGAAACUUAUUUAUGAACGAAUUGUCAACAUGUCACCUGAGUUUUUCUGUCGCCCCAAUUGCAUUCAAAUAGAGGACAUACGAAGUAUAUUCGACCUUGCCCUUUCUCAUAAUGUUAGUUUCUAUUUCGUUGUACAUACAAUUCAAGAUCUUGUGAAACGAACCAAGAAAAGCAUGCAAAGCUUAUCCUGUCACAAGCCUUUCACGCUAACAGAAAUGUACUACGGCCGAGUUGCACUGCGGCACUUGAUGCACACUUACCUCUCUCUUAAAUGGGCUAGUCAGCGUAUCAACAAAGAGCAGUAUCCGCACAGGGUUCUCAAUUUCUUCAUCCAGUGGAUUGAUAAUGAUCACCUCUACCCUGAUGACAUCAUGGAAGAGAAGAUAAAUACAAUUAUUACAAAAGUGGAGAAGUUAAUGCAAGAAGCUUACCCUGGGCCCCAGGGCACACAUUACACAGUAAGAGAACUGUGUGACAAAGGCUUUAUUCCUCAUAGAAACGUCAUUGCAGCUACCUCUUAUAUCAUGUAUGGCGAAAUGCGAAUGACUUUAGCUACCUCAGCUAAUAUAGAUACGUUGAAUAUUGUCAAAGUGUUAAAUAACAAGUGUGGUCAUUCCAUUGCCUUAGCCGCAAUUUACUUCGCCAUAGUAAAAUCGUUCGGAGUUGACUGCGAAUUGGUUACAUUCCCCAAUCACAUGUUUCUCGAAUGGCGAACACCUGUUCCGCGAGAGAUCAUUGACCCGUCGUCUCCUUAUAUAUGUACAGCAGACCUCAAAACUGGUCUAUGGAAUCCAAGACGACGAUGUCCCUUUUCUGGGAGUGUAAAUACAAAAUAUUCAUAUCAUCCGGAAUCACUACUUCAGUACAUUUAUGCAUCGUUUUACUCAACGAUGGGGGUAAUCAAAAACUGGCAAACACAGAAUGCUGUGCAUCUCCUGGAUUUCGUGAGCGGGUAUAACAAUUACAGAAACUUUCUUCCGUAUCUGUUGGACUCGAUGCAUCUACGUACAAUCAACAUUCCUCUCGAUCACAAAUAUCUGCAUGAAUUACACAUUCAAUUGAUCCAUGAACUGACAAGUUUGAAUAAGACACAAAGGACCAAAAAAGAAAAUGUUACCGUAAAAAAGCGCGACAGCUGCGUUAGAUUUGCGGUGGGCAUGAUUUGCUGCCACCAGUCAUAUGGGUUCAUUUGCUUAGUUCGAGGAUGGGACCUCACUUGCGCCGUCGAAUGGCAAAGGAAUGUCGACCUUCAAUCUCUCGAAUACGGCUAUAAUCAACCCUUCUAUAAUGUUAUUGCUGCUGAUCUUUCGGAGCGAUAUAUUGCCCAAGAAAAUUUGAUUGAAUCGUCAGACCCGAAUCGUCUGGCCCAUCUUGAAGAUUUCAUUGGUUACGAGUUCACUCAUUUCGAUGGCUUCUCAUACGUGCCCAACGACGAGAAGAAGGCAGAAUACCCCAAUGAUAUGCCUGUGGUCAGCACAUACCGCCAACAUUGGGAAAUGUACAACACCCGCGGCACAUAUUUUAUGAUCAGAUCCUAUUUCGACGACGUUUGAAGUCGCACUGCGCCUGCCUUCGCGCCACUUCCCGCGAAUACGUCAGGCGUCUGCAACGGCAGCUGCGGGAAUUCUCGUGGAUGCACGAGCAUUCUCGAGCAUGCGCAAAAAUUCUCCGAAAGACGCGCGACCUGUUUUUUUGGCUCAUGGCUAGUUUUACAUUAGACAAGAAUAUGAAGCUUAUAUUGAAUAUCACAAAGUUACACUACCAUCAUAUUCAAUUUUCUUUUUCUGAAAUUACUCCAUAUCUGAUCGAAGGAAUUUUUCCGCCGCAAUAUAAAUUUAGCCUAAAUGUUCGUUUUUUGUAUUAAUAAUUAUUAAAAUUGACCAUAAAGUUCAUUAUACUAUGUACAAUAUCGUUAUAAAAAUUCGCUUCCAUUUCGUUGCGCAAUAUAAAUUGAGCCUUAUUUUGAAAUAGGUUUAUAUAUUGAUAGAUAAUAUAUUCAGUUUCUAUGUCAAAGACAUUAUUAAUAGUUAAAGUUUAAAACGUUCUACAAAUCAA